AUGUCUGAGAAAUAUGGAAGGCCAGCGCAGCCUCCUCCUUCCUACGCCCCGGACCACGAUCAGCAGCAGCAACAGCAGCAGCAACAACAACCGGGUCCAGCCCAGGGCCAGCAACAGCAGGACUACCAGUUUAGACAAGACCAGUAUUAUAACCUGAACUCAAAGUCCGAUGGAGCACCCAUUGGAUCGUUCGAGGAAAGUUUCCCAACGGAAAACGAGAACAAGUUCAGACUGAAUGACUGGCCCUUCACGAUUUUUUUCCUGGCCACUGUGUGUGGGUUCAUUGCCAUUGCAGGCAUCACGUUGAGAUCGUGGGCUAAAACUUAUUCGUCCACAGGCUCUGGGAUCUACAAUGCGGCAGAAACAGGCACUUUGGACACAAAUUCCGCGAUCCUGCUGGUCUUUGCAUGCAUCAUUGCCCUGGUCUUCUCCAUAUUGGGCCUCACUUUGAUGCGUGCUUCUCCCAAAUGGUUUAUUUACUGCGGAAUGGUGGUAAAUAUCAUCUCCGGACUUGGUACAGCCAUUGCGUAUUUGGCAAUGAGAUACUGGUCUGCCGGUAUUAUAUUUUUGGUUUUCACACUCAUCACCGCUUGGUGCUACUGGGGAAUGCGCUCAAGAAUUCCACUCAGCGUAGCAAUUCUCAAAACCGUGGUGGAUGUGAUGAAAAAGCAUCCACAAACAUACCUGAUUUCGCUUUUCGGUGCCAUCGUGGCCAGUGCGUUCGGAUUUUUGUUUUCGGCCGUCAUUGUGGCCACAUACAUCAAAUUCGACCCCAAGAGUAACAACCCGGGUUGUUCCACAAGCGGUGGUUCGUGUACCAACUCCAAGCUCAUAGGUAUUUUGGUGCUGGUGUUUUUCUGUGGCUACUACAUUUCGGAGGUUAUCAAGAAUGUUAUUCAUUGCACAGUUUCAGGUAUCUACGGUUGCUGGUACUAUAUGUCUAAAUCAGACCAAGGGAUGCCUCGUUGGCCAGCUUUCGGUUCUUUGAAAAGAGCUUUGUCCAUUUCGUUCGGCUCCAUUUGUUUCGGAUCGCUCAUCGUGGCACUAAUUGAGACAUUAAAGCAAGUGUUCCAGUUGUUGAGAAAUGGUCAAAUUACUGAUAUUGCGGAUUCACAAUGGGCGCAAAUUCUCUUUUUCGUUAUCGAUUGGAUCAUUGGGUUUUUGCAGUGGCUAGCGCAAUAUUUCAAUCAUUACGCUUACUGCUUCAUCGCACUUUAUGGGAAACCCUACCUCAGAGCUGCAAAGGAGACUUGGUACAUGUUGAGAGAAAAGGGUAUGGACGCUUUGAUCAAUGACAACUUGAUUGGCAUUGCCUUGGGUUUCUUCUCCUUGUUCGCGAGCUACAUGGCGACUUUGUUCGCAUUCUUGUACCUAAGAUUCACCCAACCAAGUUACAACUCGUCCCACGGAUUCAACGUUCCACUCAUGGCUUUCUCAUUUGUUAUUGCCUUGCAAAUCUGCAGCAUUGCGAAUGAAACUGUCCGUUCAGGAACAGCUACAUUCUUUGUGGCUUUGGGUAACGACCCUGAAGUUUUCCGCGUGUCAUAUCCAGACAGGUUCGACGAAAUUUUCAGAGCGUACCCUGAUGUUUUGAAGAAGCUAAGUCACCAAAACGUCUAG